AUGUGCAAAGAAAAAGAUCAAGUAAAAGGCUCCAAAAAGGGUGCAAAGGAUCAAUCAAAGGAAGAGGCAUUACCAGAUACAUUUUACUUAUCAGAAUUAAUUCCGCCUGUUCAUUGCGAAUCUGAUUCCGAGCAAAAUGCGAAGGUUGACAUGGAUAUGUCCAACUCGGAAACGAACUGA